AUGUCGCAAGAUACCGGCUUGUUCAGUAUUCGACGCCCCCGAGAAACACUUGGGAGUGUGCAAAACUUCUCAUCUCUCCCUCAACCAUCUUCGGCGCUGAAACGCACGAGCUCCAUCGGAUUCCAAAAUGCGCCGUUUACCUCCCAGCACACCCGUUCUACCUCCCUGCUGAACUCCGCGAGCAGACCCCAGCAGCCCAAUUUUGCGCGCGCGUCAUCCGGGUCGUUUGCCGCCGAUGCUGGUCUCUCGUCGGUCCGUCGAUCUGUCUCGAGCAACAUGUUCCAUGGCGCUAGCGCUGGCCGACAAAGCUUCGCCCCUGGAUCGCUGCCUUCCAGUUCUGCUCCGCAAAACCCGCAGCGCCGGAGUAGCGUGUUUUCAAGACCAUCGACGGGUGGUCCUAUGGGGCACCAAUCUUUCUUUACUCAGGUCCCGACUGUAGCGGGUGUUCCCCGGGAUCCGCGCCCACUUCGGGACCGCUCGUUUCAAGCGCGCAUUGGGCAGGAAUUGUUGGAGUAUUUGACACAUAAUAAUUUUGAGUUGGAGAUGAAGCAUUCCUUGGGGCAAAACACCCUUCGCUCGCCGACGCAAAAGGAUUUCAACUACAUCUUCCAGUGGCUCUACCAUCGCAUUGAUCCAGGAUAUAAGUUCCAGAAGAGCAUGGAUGCGGAGGUCCCACCGAUCCUGAAGCAGCUGCGAUAUCCCUAUGAGAAGGGCAUCACCAAAUCUCAGAUCGCGGCCGUUGGUGGUCAAAAUUGGUACACGUUCCUCGGUAUGCUGCAUUGGUUGAUGCAAUUGGCACAGAUGAUGGACCGCUUUGUCCUAGGAGAGUAUGAUGAGGCCUGUGCCGAAGCAGGAGUUGAUGUCACAGGUGAUCGCAUCAUCUUCCGCUUCCUCACUGGGGCUUAUCACGAUUGGCUACAAGGUGGAGAGGAUGAGGACGACGACACGGCGGAGAAGCGAUUGGUUCCGCAUAUUGAGAGCAUGUCCCAAGAGUUUGCCCGAGGCAACGAACGCUAUGUGCAAGAGAUGGAAGCGCUAGAAUCGGAAAACCGGGCUCUUAGGGACCAGAUGGAGGAAAUGGAGAAGAACGCCCCGGACAUGGCCAAACUCGACAAGCACUUCCGGAUCUUGGAGGAUGAUAAGAGAAAAUUUGAGGACUACAACCAAAACGUCAAAGGGAAGAUCGAGAAGUACGAGACUCGGAUCAAGUUCCUGGACACAGAAAUCCAAAAGACCGAGUCCGACCUUGAGACGACCGAAGCUGAGCGUGCCGAACUUCAAGCAAGCGUUGAUCGCCAGGGCAUCACUAUCCAAGAUAUCGACCGCAUGAACACCGAGCGAGAGCGGCUUCAAAAGAGCCUGGAAGACACUAUGACUCGCUUAGAAGAGACCCAUGCUCGCGUCAUGGAGAAAGAGGCGGAGGCAAGCCAGAAAUUGGAAGAUCUGGAGCAGAUCGUGAAAGAGUACAACACUCUUGGGUACCAAGCGAGCUUGAUCCCCACGUCAGCCGAGAAUGCUCGAGGCCAAAACUACGAGCUCGGUCUCAACAUCAACGAGAACAACUUCUCCACGAGCCAAAUAGGCGGCGGCCCCAACCGGAUUUCUUCCGAUGGCGACCGCCUGCUGGCGGAGCCUUUUACGGGCUAUCACCCAGCACAUGUGCUGAAUCUGGAUCUCCGAGGGUCAAUUCGUAAUAGCCUGCAGUCGCUGCGCAAGGAGAUCAACGAACGGAGGAAGCGCGCUGUUGACGAUGAUCUUGACCGACGGAAUCUGCUCGACAAUAUCAAAGAAGCCAUGGACGAGAAGCGCAGCGAAGUCGAGGCACUGGAACAUCGGCGCCGAGCCGCGGAAGAGGAGUUUGAGCGCAGCAAAGAAAUCACCACGACGCAAAAGACGGCCUCGGAUGCCCAAAUUGAAAAGAUGGAGAAGGAGUUGGCCAAGAUGCGAGCUACCCUUAGUGAUAGUGUCCAGUUGAUGGAGCAACGCGAGAUGAACACCAACAUCGAGUACGAGCAGUUGACACUACGAGCCAACUCUCUGCGGGAGGAACUGCACACCAACGUGGAAACGAUGCUCAACGAUGUCAUCCGCUUCAAAGUGCACGUCCAGAAGGGUCUGGAGGACUACGAGAGCUUCGUGGUGGACGAAGUCGAACAAGAGCUGGGUGGCGACGCACAGUUGGAGGCAUGA